CCCUCUCAAUUCUCUCUCCUUUGCUCCUCGUUCUCUUAAAAACCACUGCCUCGAAAUCAUCUUCUUCCUCUGGUAUGAAUAAAUUAUCAUAUGAUUAACAUUUUUUCAUUGUUUUCAGAAGAAGACAAUAAGGAAGAUUGUGUGUAAUCAAUCACCCACCGGUGCUCGAUUCCACCUCCACCUUCCCGUUGCAUGUUACUUCCCUCUCCUUCAUAACGAUUAUGGGUCAUCUGAUUCUACAAAACCUAGGUGGGGAUGUUUACGGUUUUAACAAUGGCCUCAAAUUGUAACGUCACAAAACAUAAGUGCCUGAUUGUUUGGACCUUUUGUUUAAUCAUAAGGUUUUGUUUCUUGCAAUUUUUCAUAUUGACUUCUACUCCACCUUCAUAACCGGUACCAAACUGUAGAUGUUGAUUUCCAUCAUUUCAGUCUCAGGUAGUGUCAUGAGUUUGUAUAAGUUCCCGGAACAUAUUGGAAAGAUGAUGAGAAGUUGGCUUAUCUAUCGAUUAAAUGCUACAAACUCAACUGGUUUGCAAGCCGCUACUAGAAGUUUUCAUCCAAGUUUUACGACGUUUGUUCAAACUGGAGUUCCUGAUAAUGAAAAAAAUAACCCUGAUACUCAUCCAAGUAGUGAUGACAACAAUACCCUUGAAAGAUUUCAAAUAAAAGGAACAUCUGGAAAGUGAAUUGGCUUCUGCAAUAGAAGAAUUUGCUAACUUUUUGAGCAUUUAAAGGUUGAUUUCCGAGUAAAUUACAAAUUUAUUCACAUCCGAUGCUCUAAAUCACAGGUUUAGUCCACCGUAGGCACGGAACAAAGGAUGGUGCAUUGAAGGAAGAUAAAAAGAUCAAGAAGGUUGGACUGCUUAACUGGACACUGAUAAUUCUUGUUUAUUGGUAUUGACUAGAAACACGAUACUUUGAUCAUCGGUUGUAAUGAUCAAUUAAGUGGAGCAAAGUCAACAUUCAAAAAUGUUGUAUCUUUUUUUUCUUAUUAUGAUGUACUUUGAAAAUUUACUCAAUUGUAGCAUCUUACGUCCAU